GCCCAACACAAGAGAGCGAGAGUGCCACUUUUGCUUCCGCUCGUUUACUCUCGCGCACUACUACGGGAAAGGAAAAUCCUUGCCGAACGACGGCAAAACGGCAACGGUGUUUUCCAACCAUUCGUGCGCUGUCAUUCGUUACGGUUCGGUGUUCGAUGCUGGUGCUGCCUUGCGCGUCCUCAAACGUGUACGCCUCUGUGAAGUGCACCUUAGUGAAACACAACACACAGUCCGUGCGUGCGUGCGUGCGUGUCUGUAAACGAAAAAGGCUCAAAACGGAAAAAAAGAUUACACCGUGCUAUUGGUUACGGAUUUACAAACCCGUGUAACAGGCAAAAGCGCAAAGUUUAACCCAAAACCACUACGCGUCCCAUUGCGCAAAACAUUGUGUGAGUGUGUUACGGAAGAUUAUCUUCCGUCGGCCAUCGUGGUGCCGCCUGCGGUGCGGUGUAUCUGUCUGUGUGUGUGUGUGGCGUGAGUGUGCGUGAGUGGCAGUGUGUGUGUGUGUUUAUGUACACCCUCCCGUUGUGUGGACGGGCGGUAGUUGUAAAAUAAUUUGCAAUUUCGCAAAAUCUCCCCCCCGCGCAACGCAAUGCACAAAGUGUAGAUAGUGCUGAUAGUGCAGCAAAAGCACGAAAAGCCCGAAAUAAGGCAACAAGGGUCAGUGGCAGCAGCAGUGACAGCAAGUGAAUGCUUCAAAAUGUCAUCCAACAGUGAACAGAACUGCGAAGUGCAGCUGGCGGCCGAAAUCGAGGUGCUGAAGAGUGCGCUCGCCGACAAGCACACGCAGCUGCUGGCAAUGGAAAGUGCCUGUCUGCAGGAGAGUGACCGGCAGGUCGAGCUGGAGGACAGCAUCAUCGCCUGGCAGGACAAGUACGAGCGGCUGUACGAAUCGCACAAGCGCGUCCAGAAGCUGAACCAAAAUCUGGAGGACAAGCUGCUGAAGCUGGUCGAUCGGAACUCGGGCGAACGGGCGCAGCUGACGAGCGACGUGGCGACGCUCAGUGUACGGUUGGCCCAGGCCAACUACAACAUCCAGAGCUUGAAGCGGGAAAUUGAACGCUACAAAACCGACAUCAGUGUUGCGAUACAACUGCUACAGUGUAAACCGGACAGCUUUGUGUCGCCCAAACUUUCGACGCUACCGAUCGAAAUACAGUCGAAGGUGGCGACGUACAUGCGCCUCGACACAAACUCACACUCGGACUCGGAGGGCAGCACCAGCGGUGUUGGUAUGGCCACCACCAACUCGUACCACGUGCUGCCCGCCUCCGACAGUCCACCACCCAUCUGUCCCUUCCCCCCGACCGCCAUGGUCUAUUCCAUGCGAGGGCUUGGUAAGUACGGUAACCAGGACGGACAACCGGGCAGCAAACAAGCCACAGCGCGAGACACGACCGCACCGCAGGAAGCCACACUAGUCGUACCGCUUGGCGCUAGUGCGACAGCCAACUCGACCGACAGUCUGCUGGGCGAUAGCCGCUCGCUGGCGCCAACGAACGGCCAGAACGUGGUGUCACCGUCCGUGAUGGCGAAAUUUCUCGAGGACGAGCUAAAGUCGAGCGACGCCCUGCUCGGCACACCGAUCAAACACUGUGAUACGUGCGUGUGCACGCACGGCACCACCAAUCUGUCCGGCACCGAGUCCCGGCUGCACGAGUCCGGCUCGCUGCUGCUGGCCGAUCUGCUCGGCAGCGACCAGAAGUACUACAGUGUCGCGACGCAAACGCUCAUCAAGGGUGAGACGAACACGAACUCGCUCUGCCUGCGGUGCAGCAGCAACCUAAACUCGCCGUCCCACAACAACAGCCCGUACAUGAUGAAGCUGAUCAAAUCGAGUGACAGCGUCAUCUCGGAAACGAAGAGUAGCGUGUCGGACUACCUAACCACACCGGACAAGGUGUCACCGACGGGUGGUGGUGGAGGUGGCGGUACAAACGGCGGAUCCACCCUGCCCAACUGUGAUAUCGGUUCCGGUGGCGAUGGCGAUUCGUCCGAACCACUGUCGCUGCUGGUGUCCACCAAGAAGGACGACCUGAUGGUUAAUCCCAUACUGGGGCACCAUCGGCUCGUGGCUUCGGAUCGAACCGCUUCCCUCACAUCGAACGCAGCCGAUCAGCCACAUCAUCAGCAGACGCAGCACGGCAAGCUAGGGGCGAAAUUAUCGACAGCACAGCUGCCUGCUAAGAAGCCGGCACUGCCCGGCGAAAGUUCCUUCAAACAGCCGGCCAAGCCUCCGGUUUGUGGUGGUGGUGGUGGUGUAGGACAAAUGACACCGCAGCUCAAUCGCACCGAUCCGACGUCAACGACACAGCAGCAGCAGCAGCAACAGCAGCCAAAGUUUUCACACGAUUCACCAUCGUACAUUAUUAAGGACACGGAUCAGAUGAGUGGCAGCCAUGCUACACCGAUCUCGUCGACCGGGAAUGGUGCACUGGGACAGACGGGCAAGUACGGCACGUCGGCUAGUGGUAGUGUGGGCAGUGGGUUGUACCAUACGGUCGGCAGUACCAACAGUCUGUGGAGCCGAACGAGCAGUAAGGAUCCGGAGAAGGAUGGUGCGAAGAUGUUUGAGAUCUUUAAUCGAAAUCUCAUCAAAACCAUCAAGGCUGAAAACCCAAAGAUGUCCGGUCCACGAAUCUGCGCCUUACGGAUACAGAACGGUUCGAGCAACAUUCUGCUAGACAACCUGGUGGACGACAGCCUGGAAGGGCUCGACUCGAAGCCCCCGACACCGGUGAUGUACACGCGGCGGGCCAAGUUCCUUGACGAGGAGCUACUGCUGGACGAUGAUCCUUCGAUCGGGUUGAACGGUGCCAUCAAAACAACAAACCUGCCGACGGCUACGUCUUCCUGCGAUUCCAUUCCGCCCGCAGGAUUUAACAAAGCAAUGGUCUCACCAAACAAAUCGUCCCUUACCGGAGGUGGUGCAGCGGGACCGGGAGGAGCGGGAGGGGCAGGCCCCGGUGUGACGGGUGAUGCUGGCACGGAUGGGCAUGGAAAUCUUAUCAGUGGAACUAUCAAUCGUGUCGAUGAGGGCGGUGGUGGUGGUGCCACUGAGGAAGGGGCAGAUCCGGGUGGCAGCAAGCAGGUGUGUAAUAUGAGCACAACCACCUCGCCUCACUCAUCCGAUCGGCUGUGUACGAUCGGGGAGGAGGUCAGCAAUCUGUUGAUAAACACGAAGCUUAGUGCAACGGGUUUGGCGAAACCCCGGCUCGACAUUAACGUGAACAAGCUGGAAGGUAUUGAUGUGACGUCGAAGAAAUCCUGCACCCAGUCCAGUUCGAUCUCGAGCGAAAUUGACAUCCAGGAGAGCGCAAUACUGCGCCGCCAGCAGCUGUCCCGGGUGGCGGAAUGGGUGCAGAACAAUUCCAAGCUAGGCAAUGCGGAACCGCUAAGCAACACCGAGUCGGAUAAUGAACCAACGGCCGGGCAUGCGAUAAGUGACAGCUUGAACAAUAAUGCCAGCGGUGCGGGUGCUGGCAAGGCUUCCAUCAGACCAUCCGUCCCCAUCGGGAGCAAGGGUGUCGCGGGAGGGUGUGACAGCAAACAGCUUCCCACGGCCAGUGAUAUGAAGGUGGGUCGUCAUCUGCAUUCGUACGCGCUCGGUAAUACUAAUCUGCUCAACAACAACAACGGUCUCGGUAUGGCCGGGUACGGUGGCUCCUCCUUUGCUCAACAUCACGGCGGGAUCACGAACGCACCGAAACCGAGCAUUAAGCAUGGGUACAACAAUAAUCUCAGCAGCAGCUUGACCAGUACGGCCGGUGCUGGGUCCGUUCUGGAUUACAACAGCAAUACGACCACCACCGUCUCGAGUGUGGGGCUGGGUGCGAUCCGGAAGGGUACCACCACCAUGCUACGGGACAGUGCGCUUACCGAGUGCCUCAGGGAUGAAGAGAACCGACUGCCGGUGGUGGACCAUUCCGAUCGACGGGUCGAUCACGAAGAAGAGGACGAUGAUGACGGCGACAGUAGCAGUGUCGAUCUGGCCCAGAUGGAGUACAACGUGAAGCAGUUCUUGUUGAAGCAGAACGAAUGGUCCACGGUACAUACACGCCGACAGUCGCUGAUUUCAUCAUCCGCUUCGAGCGUCAAGGGACACGUUCGCAAUGAGGAUCGGCCCGUGCGUGAUCCUUGCAAGGGACUGUUUCCCGGAAUGGCAGUAGCACAGCAGACAGCUUCCUACCAUCAGCUUCACACCGGGCCGGGCAGUACGACGCCUGGCUCGGGCAAUGCGUACGGCAACAGUCACAAGUACCCGAUCAAUCCGCAUCGAACGGAGACGAAUCUGUAAACGGAAAACCAACUGAAACCAUGGCACAAAAACAAGAGAAUCGCUCGCACAAAGAUAUGCUGUCCCGACGGGUGUCCGGCGGGACAUUCAGAGCUUCGGAUAGUUAAAACAAAAAGGAUACAUAUACCGAACGUUGCUUACAAUUGUUGAUCGCGUAGUCGCUAGGUAUGUAACUGUAGAAAAUGAUGAACCCACACACACACAAACACUCGUCGCCAAGAGCGAUCCACGUUCCCGAUUAUCCUGGCAAUAAGGGAGACAAAGCGUCCGGUAGCAAUUAGACGCACACAAGCACAAGCAUGCAGCAGCAGCAGCCAGGGCUUAGUUGAUAGAGUUAGACUAAAGGAACGGACGGAACGGAAAGGAAGCAGCAAAACACGGGAAUCAAAGUGCUCAUUUAUGUUUAGAGUUAAUCGCCAAAUUUCGCUGUAGUCCAACAAAUGUCCAUAUUACACACUAUAUAGCCUGGGUGCUUUGUGCCAGCAGCAGCAGCAGCAGAAGCGUGCGAAGCGCAAGAAAAAAGGAAAAGCUCCGGCUGAGAGAAGGUUCCAGUUUUCGUUCCGUUUUGAUAUCCUUAAAACGAUCGACAUACUUUCGAUAGGCUUUUCUAUUUGAUCGAAACGGAAGCACAAACCGCGUAGCUUUUGUUAUAUUUUUUUAUACGAAUUCUGCCGAUUACGGGACGGGACACGCUCGUGUUGUGCAUUCUGAAUGAGUUAAUCAAAAAUCCAACCGUACCGAGCUAGUGUGAUAGAGAAGCGAGUAAGAAAAGAAUAAUCAAACGAUAUUAUGAUGCUUUCGCCACCCAUUCUCCCGACCUAAGAAGCUAAGUUCCUUCCCUCGUAACGCGCAUCAAUAGCGGAACAGGUACAGAUACAUUAAGCGAUAUUAAGUUGUAAUGCUGGAGAAUCUCAGCUCGGUGGACUGAAUGUGUAAGUAAUUGCCUGUACUGUAAGCCGUGCAUGCUGCUACCAUAUUGACAAAACUAACCAUGUAACCAUGCCUUUUUCCCGGUAGCCAACAAGCCAAACCAGUGCACAGAAUAGGAAACGGAACGGAUAUAUAUGAGUUCCCGAGUUGUAAUGUGAUGCGGCAGGACAUCGGGCACAGCUAGCAGGACGCAUUCUAUUUCCCCGCGAAGCAAACUUAACAAGCAUAUUUAUACACUCGACACAGAAAACAGACACAGCGCCAUACACCUAUAUUAACCAAUUAUUCCAAUUUAGUGCAAGUCGAGCCAGUUCUGGCAGGGUCUCUGGAAUAGUGCGGAAUCUUUACACUCUUACAGACAGCAAAAAAAAAAAGGCAACUACUGCAAGCAAAACCAUCAAACGAUCCAUCUUAGGGAUGCUUUCGGGGAAAACUGUUCGAACCGUGUGUCCAUCUUUGUACGUACCAGAUUGUGUGUGUGUGUCUGUCUGUCUGUAUGAGUGUAUGUAAAUGUAUGUGUUGGGUGGCACAAGAAUGGAAGGUUUUACGGAGAACAAAUCGCUUGCGUACGUUAACAUUCGCAUAUCUAAUCGCAUUUAUCAACCCAGUUCAACUAGAGAGCAAGCAAAACGUGGGGAUCGAUGUCUGAAAAGGAACGGUAGGCAUGCAAAUGAUGGACCCAGCGUACGUUGGUUGAGUUUUUCCUGUUCACACAUCAUUAAUCCAAAAAAAAAAUGCAUAUAAAUCUGUCCAUAGAAAAGCGCAAGGGAAAAGCCUCCCCGAAGGAAAAAAUGCUGAUCAAACCCGAGUGGGGAAAUGAAUUAACUGCUCCAUUUUGAUGGCUUCAUGUGAUAUACAAAACCCUGUAUUACUAGUACCCGUGUCCGAUCUUACACUAGGCUGGCUUUCCCCAUAUUUUUGCUCCCCCACGCCUCCCCCAAAAAAACCCAAAACUAUAAUCUGCGCUUCUGCUUCACGAAGUUUUGCGUUCGCAAGCUAUUAGGGCCCCGCCGUUUGCUCCUACUAACAAGCAAAAAUCUCAUCGCAAUCGGAGUGGCUUACUUUAGAUGUUUAUGCUAUAAUACUACACACGUUACCUGCUUUCAGACAAGUCUCUUUAGUCUGCACACUGGCGCAAGCGCAAACUACAUGUAUCCUCCUAAUGUGUAUCCGAUGUGUACCACCGUCUGGUAAUGGAACUUCCCUGGGAGCCUCCAUCCAUACCCAUCCGAUCCGAGAUAUAUCUAUACAUGCGAGAGAGAGAGAGAGCUAGUAGCCGCUAUCCUAUUGAUUUAAAACGCUUUAAUUUAAGACGAUCAACGACCCCCCUUACCCCUUAAUAAUCGUAUCUAUUUACAUGUACCACGCACAUAUACCCACCAUACAUACCAACUGAAUCAUCCGAGGACUCGGGCUCCUUCUUCGCUUCCCGGAAAAAGGAAGUCGCUAGCCAAUCACUCACACUCACACGCACGCAUUCAUCCUCAUCCUCAUCGUCUUAUCGCGUGUGUGUGUGGUAUGCGUUCGUUUCGGGCUGCAUUCCAAUGGCAUUCCUUCCCUGUUGUUCUGUCCCGCAGGUUUUGUUCUUUCCGGUUACGGCUGACGCUUCUUUUAAUGCUGCUCUUAUCUGCUCAAAACUAAUGAAAUUCCGUACCGUGGAUACAUCCGGUCUGCGAAACAAAGCAAAAAGCACUCAAAAGCACUGCAGAAAGGGAAGCUAAAAAAACCAAAGGCUUCCGGUCAAAAUGCGUAAGGUUCGCCGUUUUGCCCUAAGCUUACAGUGCUGUUUGUCCCUUCCAUUUCGAUGGCUAGCCAUUUUCCCUGCCGACCGAUAAGGGUAGUUGAGGAGAAAUAUGGGUAGAAUUUCUUAUUCUUCCUGUUUUUUUUGUUUGUUCUCUGAGUUUCUUUAAAUUUAACUACAAUAAACCGAUCCGUUUCUUCCAUCCUUAAUCGUUUAAAAUGUCUACGAAAAUCCAAAUCAUAAGAUAAGAUUAAGAUAAGUUCCAGUGGCGGUGUACGCGAUCGAUCUACUAUUUAGUGUAAUUAUUCAAAUUUAAAACUAAUGAUUUAAACUUCCUUUCAACGAUCCUAUGGGAGGUGCACAGAAAAACAACAGCCAAGAAACUAGACGCACAAAGCAAAACAUCCUGCUAGCCAAUUUUGUGGCCCCCUUUUUUUUGUUCUCUUACAUUCCCUCCGAUCUCUUCCCACUUCCAAGCGUUUCUGUCUCCUGCCCUUAAUCCUUCUUAAGAGUCCUUGCUAAUAAACACACAAAAAAGAAAGCGAAAGCUAAGCAAAAAGCCAUAAUAAAAACCGCAAACCGCAAAGGCAAAAGUAAUAAUGAUUCUCCAAAGGGCGGGCGGUUCCGAUGAUAUUUUGCCUGUAAGGAAGGAUAAUAUGCUAUUAUUGCAAAACAAAAAAAACAAACAAAGAAAGCAAAAGCAAAACCAAACCAGAAAAUAAAUGUGUUUCCAAAACUGA